AUGGGUCAAGUAUUGGUGUCAGGUCAACAAGUACAAGACAAGUUGAAGAAAAUUCUGAUUCCUGUCAACUUCUUGGGCUUCAUAUCCUGUCAGCGAGAAGCUCUCAUGUUCUUAGUUUGGUGGUACACGGUUUCCCAGAUGUAUAACAGCCCCUUCUGCUUUCCAGGAGAAUCGGCAGGUGUACCUAAUUCAUCAGGAGCAAUUUCUGAAGCUGCUACGCGUCUUCCACUCUCCCUUAAACCACUCCACUACCUGAUUCGACUUCAGCCUUUCGUCAAUGGCAAUUUCAGCGUCUUCGGGUACAUGGAGGUGGAAAUGGAGGCCCUGGAGCCGACCUCCAACAUCACACUCCAUAUGCUUGAUAUCAUCACAAAGAAUAACACAGUCAAGGUGAAAGUUCUUGUCUUUGUGUUGCAUUCGGGGGGCGUAGAACAGCGACAGGUUGGAAUUAAGAGGCACCACUAUGACCCUGUCCGCCAAUUCUAUGUCGCGCACAUGGACGAAGAGCUGAUAAAAGGAGAGAGGUACACUCUGCAAAUGGAGUUCCUUGGUUACCUCAACGACCAGCUUCGUGGCUUCUACAGGUCGACUUACAGAGACGAUGAUGGGACUACAAAGUACUUAGCUGUGACCCAUUUCCAACCCACGCACGCCCGCCGCGCCUUCCCGUGCUUCGACGAGCCAGCCCUGAAGGCGACCUUCGAGGUCCACCUGGCGAGGGAGACCUGGAUGACGUCGCUCUCCAACAUGCCCCUCGCCGAGACGCGACCUGUGGAAGGUCAGGAGGGCUGGGUGUGGGACCGCUUCGAGAGGAGCGUCCCCAUGUCCACCUACCUCGUCGCCUUCGUCGUGUCGGACUUUUCCUACAUCCCCUCCACCAGUGGCAAAGACACUCUCUUUCGAAUGUGGGCGCAGCCGUCAGCCAUUCGACAUGCUGAAUAUGUCAGUGAAGUCGGCUCAAAGAUUCUGGCAUUCUAUGAGUCUUACUUCAAUGUGUCUUACCCGCUCCCGAAAAUGGAUAUGGUGGCGGUGCCUGACAUAGCAGUGCGGGGCAUGGAGAACUGGGGUCUGAUUACGAUGAUAGACAGGUCGAUUCUAUACGAUCCUGACGUGGACUCAGCAAACCACAAGGACACGCUGCUCGAAGUCGUGGCCCACGAGCUGGCGCACCAGUGGUUCGGCAACCUGGUCACGCCCCGCUGGUGGGACGACCUGUGGCUCAACGAGGGAUUCGCUACUUUCGUGGCUUACAUCGGGAGCACAUAUGCAGAGCCAUCGUUGAAGAAAAUGGAAAAAUUCACCAUCGAGAGACUCCACAAAGCCUUCGAGAUCGACAGCCUCGAGACCUCCCAUCAGAUCAGCGUCCCGGUUGGAGAUCCCAGCGAGAUCUCGGAAAUUUUCGACCGAAUCGAGUACAACAAAGGGGCCUCUAUUGUCCGCAUGAUGACUUAUUUUCUGGGCGAGUCCACCUUCCGGAGAGGACUGAACAGUUACCUUAACACCUUCGCAUACACCAACGCCGAACAGGACGAUCUCUGGGAACACCUGACAGCCGCUGCUCACCGUGACCGAAAGCUUCCCGAGAGCUUGACCAUGAAGACGAUCAUGGACACGUGGACGCUACAGAAGGGCUUCCCAGUCAUCAAGGUAGCGAGGAGUCCAGAUGGCACGUCCGCCCAGGUCUCUCAGGUAGGGCGAGGGCUUUUGAGAAAAUGGUCGUCUUUUAUUGGCAAUUCACGUCACCCUCAGACUUUCCCAGUUUCAUUCUACAGGGAUGUGUCUCCACAGGAACAUUUUAUGCUGAUGAAGGAGAGAAAUCCGAGCAGGACCAAAGCCUUGCGAUGGUGGGUUCCUCUCAGCUUCACGUCGCAGCGCGAGGCCAACUUCAACCAGACAGAAGCCAGGGGCUGGAUGAAGGACUCUGAGGAGAGAAUUACUCUCACGUCACCCCCGAAGGACCAGUGGGUCAUCUUCAACCUGCAGCAGACGGGCUACUACCGAGUCAACUACGACGACCACAACUGGGGCCUCCUCAUCCAGCAGCUGAGGGACGACCACAAGGUCAUCCACGUCGUCAACCGAGCGCAGAUAAUCGACGACGCCAUGAAUCUUGCUCGAACCGGUCAGUUAAGCUACACGACCGCCUUGGAUGUCUACGGUUACCUGAAGAAGGAAAGGGACCUCCUGCCGUGGACCUCCGGCAUUUCGAACGUCGGCUAUGUGAUGCUCAUGCUGGGCCAGACACCUGCUCUCCCUGCGCUGAGGGUGAAGUAG